UGGCUGCCGUGCGCUGGUGCAGGUGCUCUAUUUCAUCGAGAGAGGAUGCGAAAGGAAAGAAGGGGAGGGAAAGAAUGAAGGGAACCGUCGGAGAAAAGUAUGCAAGGCAUGAAUAAAAGGGUAUCAGCAGCUGACAGUGUGUCUAACGUCCAGGAGCUCGGCUAAGAAUGAUUUAUUGAAAGGGGCACUUUGAGAUAUGAUAAGGUUUCUCUCUGGUUGGCAAUAGUACUAUGAUUUGGUAUGUGGCCACUUUGAUAGCAAGUGUAUUCAGCACCAGAGGAACAGCUGCUCAAGGUGCCCACGGAGUCAGAGAGGAGCCUCAGUUUGUGACGGCCCGCGCAGGGGAGACCGUGAUUCUGGGAUGUGACGUGGCUCACCCACUCAACGGCCAGCCCUACGUGGUGGAGUGGUUCAAGUUUGGAGUGCCCAUCCCCUUCUUCAUCAACUUCCGCUUCUACCCUCCUCACGUGGACCCCGAGUACGCCGGCCGAGCCAGCCUGCAUGGCAAGUCGUCUCUACGUAUUGAGAGGGUUCGCUCAGAAGACCAGGGCUGGUACGAGUGCAAGGUCCUGAUGCUGGAGCAGCAGUACCACACCUUUCACAACGGCAGCUGGGUGCACCUCACAGUCAAUGCUCCCCCAACUUUCACGGACACGCCGCCGCAGUAUGUGGAGGCCAAAGAGGGGGGCAGCAUCACUCUAAGCUGCACGGCCUUCGGGAAUCCCAAACCUUCAGUCAGCUGGCUCAGGGAGGGAGACCCCGUACAGGACAGCAGCAAGUAUAAGGUGAGUGAUGGCAGCCUGACGAUUGUUUCCAUCAGCCGUGAGGACAGGGGAGCGUACACAUGCCGAGCGUACAGCGAGCAGGGAGAAGCCGUCCAUACCACACGCCUACUUGUCCAAGGACCCCCAUUUAUUGUUUCACCACCAGAGAACAUAACCGUAAACAUAUCCCAGGACGCAUUCUUCACUUGUCAGGCUGAGGCAUAUCCUGGCAACCUAACGUACACCUGGUUCUGGGAGGAAGAUAAUGUCUACUUCAAGAAUGAUCUAAAGCGCAGAGUGAGUAUUCUGAUCGACGGUUCACUCAUCAUCUCCCAGGUGAAACCUGAGGAUGCUGGGAAAUAUACCUGCAGCCCGAGUAACAGCCUUGGGCGCCCACCUUCUGCAUCAGCGUACCUGAUAGUGCAUUACCCUGCCCGUGUUGUAAACAUGCCGCCCGUUAUUUACGUGGCUAUCGGACUGCCGGGGUUCAUCCGCUGCCCGGUGGAUGCCAACCCGCCUGUCACUUCAGUGAAGUGGAAAAAAGACGGCCUGCCUCUGCGGAUAGAGAAGUACCCUGGCUGGAGCCAAAUGGAAGAUGGAAGUAUUCGAGUGUCUGAGGUGACAGAGGACUCUCUCGGCACCUACACCUGUGUGCCUUACAAUAGCCUCGGUACAAUGGGACAGUCCCCUCCCGCCCCUCUGGUGCUAAAGGACCCACCCAAAUUUCUGGUGGUUCCUGGAGGGGAGUACAGGCAGGAGGCUGGUCGAGAGCUGGUCAUCCCCUGUGAGGCAGAAGGAGACCCAUUCCCCAACAUUACAUGGAGAAAGGUAGGGAAGCCCAGCAGAAGCAAGCACAAUGUCCUACCACGAGGCAGCUUACAGUUCAAAUCUCUCAGCAAGGAGGACCAUGGGGAGUGGGAGUGUGUUGCCUCCAAUGUCGCCACGAGCAUCACUGCCAGCACGCACCUCCUAGUAAUCGGCACAAGCCCACACCCCCCCGCCAAAGUCCAUGUUUCGGUCUCGACGACCUCGGCCAACGUCUCUUGGGAGCCCGCUUACGACGGCGGCUUUGAGCAGACAUUCUCAGUCUGGUACGGCCAUGUGGUGAAGAGGGAGCAGUUAGGACCACAUGACUGGCUGUCCAUGCCUGUGCCCAGCGGCCAGCACUGGCUCCUGGUGCAAGGCCUGGAGUCUGAGACGGCCUACCAAUUCAGCGUCCUGGCCCAGAACAAACUGGGGACGGGCCCGUUCAGCGAGGUCGUCACUGUGAACACACUAGUAUUUCCUAUAAGUACCCCAGAACCACUGGUGCUGCUUACCCCACCACGGUGCCUCACAGCCAACCGGACACAGCAGGGAGUCCUACUCACAUGGAUCCCUCCAGCCAAUCACACGUCACGAAUUGAUCACUACAUCAUGGAGUUCCGUCUCGGGGAGAGGUGGGAUGUUCUUGAUGAUGCAAUCCCUGCUGCAGAGACAGAGCUAUUGGCUAGAGACCUGGUUCAGGAGGCCUGGUAUGAGUUCAGAGUGAUGGCGGUUAUGGAGGACGUUGUCAGUGAGCCCAGUAACCUAGUGGGAGUCUCUAGCACAGACUACUUUCCGCUGCCUGAGGUGCCAGACGAGGGGCUGGCGCGGCCGGUGGUGGCAGGCAUUGUGGCCACCAUCUGUUUCCUGGCAGCAGCCAUCCUCUUCAGCACGCUAGCAGCCUGCUUCGUCAACAAACAGAGACGGCGUAAGCUCAAGCGGAGACGAGACCCCCCUCUGUCUAUAACACACUGCAGAAAGAGCAUGGAGACUCCGAGUCCUCUUACCCCUCUGCCUGGCAUAGAACCCUACUGGGAAGGGCAGGAAAGGAGCAGCUGCAGGCCUCCAUCCUCCAGUCCUCUAUCAUCUUCUGGAAAGGUUAGUCCAGAAAGUGUCCGCUCCAUUGGACCUCCUUCAGAGUCCUCAGACGAUGGUUUACGAGCUAAGAAGUUUCCUCAAAGUCCUGCCAAGGAGAAGGAGCUGUCUUUAUACAUGAAGACCAAGAGAGCAAUAAUUAGCAAGAAAUUUAGCAUCUCUAAGCAAGAGGCAGAGGCUACCACCCCAAUUGAAUUGAUCAGUCGUGGCCCAGAUGGGCGCUUUGUCAUGGAACCCACAGAUGUGGAAACCCCAGUUAAGGCACGGCGCAUUGAGGGCUUCCCCUUCGUCGAGGAGUCCGACCUUUACCCUGAAUUUCGACAGUCAGAUGAGGAGAAUGAUGAUCCGGGGCCCAUGCCGCCUAUGAUGGCUACCCUCAGACCCCAUCAGAUCUCCCCCAUUUCUUCUAGCCAGGAGUCUUACUUGCAGCCCCCAGCCUACAGUCCCCGCUUCCAAAGGCCCAUGGAAGGCAUGACUAUCAUGGAGACUAGUCGACUCCAGGCUACAGGGCAGAUUCGUGGUGCUCCUCACUUUCGAGCCUUUUCCCAUGGCCAGUUCUACAGCUACUUAGGAAGUCCAGGGGAACCAGAGCCUCCACCUCCUUUCUACAUGCCUGACACCAGCCCUCUCAGCUCAGUAAUGUCUUCUCCUCCUUACCACCUGGAGGGACCUUUUGGUCAUCCCACCAUCCCAGAGGAAAUCGGUGAGGGAGAGAUUCAGCAUUAUGCAGUCUCUGGCUACACCCUUCCCCUGGCGCACCCCUCAACCUCACGCUCUCCAGAUAUCUGGCAGCGGCCUGAUUUUACCUUUGCCACAAUUGAGGGUCCUCACUUUAUUUUUCCACCCCCACACCCUUUGCAUCUUCAUCCGGAACCUCCCCUUCCUCCCCCUCUUGUUCUUCCUCCUAGUGCCCUCCAUCCCUCCACCCUUCAAUUAUCUCCUUACCCUGGUAUCCUGCAGCUACAGGCCCCAAAAAGCCGCCCCGGCAAGUCUCCCAGCAAGGUCAAGCCUCAGGGCCUUCCAGCCAAGCGUUUACCUAUGCAAGAGGCACAGAGUUUAGGGCAGCUAAGACACACAAACCACGGUAUGGGUGUACCAGUAUUGCCUUACCCUGACCCAGUGUCUCACAUGGUUGGCCCAAGCUCCUUCAGAAGCCUGGAUACUCGAUGGUACGAGCUUACACCCAGGCUUAGCCCAAGGCAGCCCCGCAGGAUGGAACCCAGCAUGGUAGUUCUCCAGCCAUCCCGCCUCUCACCUCUAACACAGAGUCCUAUUAGCUCUCAUGAAGGCUCACCGGAGAUUGUAGUACGCCCCAGGCCCCGUCCCAGUGUCAUCCAACCCCAGAUCCCUCCUGAUAUGUCUGAGAUCACCCUUCAACCUCCUUCUUCAGCUAGCUUCUCUAGAAGGUCCACCCCCUCCUCCUCUCCUGCUCAAGGCCAAGGCAGCCGAAGGGCAAGUCCCAGCUAUCGAUCCCAUAUGGCAUUUGCAACCUCAGCAGCAAGCUAUCCAUCACAGUCCCCUUCACCUCCUGUAGAAAGCAGCAACAUUUUUGGGCAGAUGCCAACUCAGAGGAGGACUGAGGAGGAGAUCCUUCCAUCAGAACCUUCUCCACCCCAGUUAUCAGCUUCAGGAAAACGUCGAGGUGCACCAAGUGGCUCUGCAGGGUCUGAGAGGAUAGAAGUGCUGCGAUAUCAACGAGUGAAAACAGCCAAGAAAGUCAGCAUUAACAAUAACAACUCCAAGACCAGACGAAAGAUGGGUGUACCCCCCUCUCAGACCCAGCAGCCCCACACCUCUCAGGUCCUCCAGCCAGAAGAAGUUCUCUACCUCCGCAAGAAGAAGAAAAAGUUGACUCGCCAGGACCCGUACACCCGCUUUUCUGCUCUGCUGUACCUCCGCCCGCCCCGAGAAGACCAGAAAGCCAUUUUGGCUAGUAUGUACACAGCAGACCCAGACCACGCCACUCUCCUCUGAUGUCCCAGAGAUUACAGGCUCUGAGCUCCUUCCACCCUUGCUCAGCCAGCCAACGACUUCAGAUCCACCCCUGAAUCCAAUGGUUUACUCCUCUUUUCUGUUACGCUUAAUGUAUCACAAAAACAUGCUUAUGUUCCAAGGUUUUGCUCUAGUCCAUUUACCUCAAAUUCAGAAGGAUAGGUCAUCUUGAGCAGAUUUAAAAGAAUCUCUUAAAUGCCUCAUUUCAUCUUAGUGACUCUUAACAGAUGGUGCGUCAGAUAAGGGAAUAGCUGUCAAGCUUCUGUUUCAUUCUGCCAACAGUAGAUCACAGGGUUUUCACAGGUAUACCUCAAACUCACCACAAUCUCACUGCUGCUAUACUGACAAACACAGAAGACGUUAGCAAUCCGAACAUUUGUUUGUAUUUUUCUAAUAUGACAUUCCACAGUGCAUAUUUCGAACAUUUUAGCAAACCAUCCAUCAUAAAGUGCAAUGGUCAGUAAGAUUUUCUGAUGUUUUUGAAAGUGGUCUCUUAUGCUCACCAAGACUGCGUAUAUUUGAUAAAUAAAUACAGUAAAAACAGUAAUAUUUUGAAAAAUGAAUAGAAUUUAAAUAACUGUUUUAUUUCAGUAUGUUUUAUAAUGCAAUUUAUCCAUGUGAUAGCAAACUUGAAUUCUCAGCAGUCAUUACACCAGUCUUCAGUGUCACGUGAUCCUUCAGAAACCAUUUUAAUAUGUUGAUUUGGUGCUCAAUAAACAUUUCUUCUUAUUAUUAAUGUUGAAAACAAAUGUACUGCUCAAUAUUUUUUGUGAAAACCAUGAUACAUUUUUUUCACAAUUCUUUGUUGAUGAAAAGAACAGCAUUUAUUUGUAGAAAUGAAAUAGAAAUAUUUUGUGACGUGAAAAAUCACUUUUGAUCAUUUUAAAUGUGUCUGUGCUAAAUAAAAGUAUUAAAAAAUCUUACUGACCCCACAUUUUUUAAAGGGAAGCAUAUGAAUUUGUAACAUUUAUAAGCAUCCUGCACUGUGGAUAUUAGUGAUGGUAUGAAACAAGAUUAUGCAUACGUUUGAGAUCUCUACUCACACACACUAUACUAAAACUAAGGAGGAAAUGGAAACACUCUUUUACAAGCACAACAAUUCAUCUGUUAAAGCUACAGUACAGGCUAACACACAGGCUUGGAUGGCAGCAACAGCCAUUUGAAUAAGGGAACAUUUCAUUUCAAUGCAAUUUUUGAUAAACAUAUGCAUACUCUAUUACAGAAGCUGCUACAGUAUAUCCUUCUACACUUUUUGAACACAAACUUGCACUGAAGCAAAACCUUGGUGAUUACUGUGAGUGACAUUUUUAGUUUAUGCCAACCUCACUUCUCUCUGUUAUCAAGCUCUAUUCAGAAAGUACUGUAGUAAUGCCAAAAAUACUACAGCUUCUUUAAUCAAUAAGACUAUAAAUUGUACUUUACUGUGAGGAGGAUAGGAUUUUGUGCCAUAAUAAACUAUAGUAUUUUUGUCAUCAACAUGCGAUGCCCCCUUACAUAAAAAAGGCAUACAAUAGGGCUUAAUGCUUUUUUUUAAAAUGAUAAAAAAUUGUAUCUACUGCCUUUGUAGGCCAUUUUCAAGCCUUUUAGUUUUUUUGGUUAAACCAGAAACGGCAACCCAGCGCCUGUCUCUUUCCUCUGUGAAGACCCUUUGGGGAAAAUCUCUUUGGGAUGAGAGGGCUAUUCCCAGUGGCCAAAGGUUUAUAUUGUGUUUCUAUCAUCUAACGGUGCUUCUUUUCUACAGAAAGACAUGUAUUUUCACUGUCUGAACAGACAUACCUGGGCAAAUGUACAUUUUAGUGUGCUAGCCAUUGUCCAAAGGGGAUGUAAUGGCCGUCAGACGAGAGGUGGCAUGUUCUGUGUCUUAUCACUUGUACAGAUGUGCAUUGAAAAAUGUCUAAAACUGUAUCAAAUGGCUGAACAUUGUGCUGUUUCUUCAGCCUGGGAAAAUUAUUCAAAUCGAAAAGCAAGUAAAGGUGAACCCUCGACCUCCAAAUAGCAGGUUAAAGGGGUUAUUGGUGCGUGGUUCAUGGCUAAGCCCCUCCCAGCGGCCAAUCACCACAUUAUAAGGUGCUAUAAAAAGUCUUCAGACUGAACUCUGUUAAUAAUAUGUAUAUCAUUAAUUUGAUCUUCCAGCAGAUAAUGGCUGCUGCUUAAAGGUGCCGUAAGGUUAGUGAAAUUUCAACAAAAUUUUGUGAGCAAAAAAGUUUUGUUUUGUGGUUGAAGUCUCAUGUUUGGAAAUUUUGCGUGAGGGUGAAAGAUUUCCCCUUGUAGAUUUCGCAAUAGGUUUCAAUUUGUCAGCAGAUUGGCUGCAUUGACAGAAAACUUGGUUUGAAAGUGAACUUUGUCUGAGCUGUGCAACGUACAUCGCUACUAUUAUUCAUAAACAGUGGCCCUUUUUGGCCCUGCGAAAUUUCGUCAAAAUUCGUCUGCUGUGGCAUUUUGAGGGUCAUCAAUGAUAUCGACAUUUUUACUUGACUAGCAUCAGAGCGUUAAACAUUAGCGAGUGUGAGUUUUGAGAUAUGAAGCGUACAUGUUGGUUGGAGAAGCUAUGCUGUAGUUGUAGCUCCCGUCUGGUGAAGAGUUUAUAAGUUUGUUUGGAUGUAAUGUUUGCUUAUACAUGACAGGCCAGAGCAUUACAUGCUCCCUUGUACCUUUUAGGCGUCAGAAAUGGUCAACCUUUGUGGAAGAUGUUGAUUUGGAUCAGGGGAUUGAUUGAUUUUCAAAGAGUCAGACACCAUUUUAAGCUUUAGGCUUUAAAUUUUGAGCAAAGACUUGAUUGUUCACACUUGUAAUUGUUGUUUUAUUUGUAAAUCAAGUAACCAGAUUAGAUGAGACCUACUUGCUUAGGUAUUCUAUUUAUGUGUCAGAACACACUUUUUUAGGUAGAUAGAGGCAUCUGAUAAUCUCGUUCAUUCGGGAUAUGUGCCUAUCUUAAGUAUUUUUUGAUCCAUUUCACUGGGCAAUUGUCAAAUAUGGUGCUUUCUAAAAGAUAUACAACUAUUUAAUUAUCUAAACAUUGUGUUCCUUUUUUUAUUUAAAGCCUUCAUACAAGAGAAUCUAUCUCUUGAUUAAUAUCGAAAUUAAUAUCCAAAAUGCUAGGAAUGUACUGUAAUAUGUCAAAAAAAAACUGUAUAUAAUAUAAUAGCAUAUAUUGCACAAUGUAUUAUAAAAUUUUAGUCAUUUUGAAUAAAUUGGCCAAAUAUAUGCACGCAACAGAAACUAUUGAUAUAAAACAUAUUGUCAUAUAUUGGAUUCAGUUUCCAAUAUGUUACUUUUUCCUGAGGGUUGGAAUGUAUGAGAGCAUUUUUGAGCCAAAAGAGCUAUAUUAAUGUGUUGUAAAUGAUUCAGCCCUCUUGCAUUCACCCUCACAUUGGAUUUACAACUUGUUUAUUUUGUCAGUGAACGUUUAUUAUGUCUAAACCCAAAAGGAUACCAGUCUAGCUAACAUUCUGCUUUGCAGAAAACUUCUGCAACUGUAGCAUCAAUCAUUGAACAGAUUGGCUAACUCUAGAGCGGCCGGUUAAAUUAGAUGUUUUUGAGAGGCAAUUAAUGCUAAAUUGAUUCGCCUCAUGGGUGGUGUAAGAUUCAUUGUAACACUUUCUGAACUUUUUAGUAGCAUUAUAGCCAUGCUAGAGAUUCAUUCAUGCAUUAGUUAUUUAUUAUUAUAUUGUACUGAUUUUAUAUGCCAUUAAUAUCUAAACAAUGAUGAAAGCAUUUUAUUGCUUUUGACAAAACAUCUCAAGAUUAGACUUUUUCCAUUCCAGAUCAUUCUCAGAGGUGCAUAAUUUUUAAUAAAAUCAUCUUAGUAAAUCUC